CCGUAUCCCUCCGCCGCUCCGCUUCAACACAAAAUAGGGCCGCGUCUUCUCCUUUCUCCGCUUCUCGAGUGGGGUUCCCCAGGCAAAAGGGCCCCCCGGAUCUUGCGCCGGAGAUUUCCUGAAUCUCUACGACCGCUGCCGAGAUCCCGGGCCAGGAAAUAGCUCCUUCGCAGGAACCACCCUACCGGCCGAACAGGAGGCGGAGGGGGGGGAGGCGGAGCGGCGCCGCGCUGCACUACUUUCCUCUCCGGUUGCAAAUGGCUGCCUCGUUCCCCACUUUCCGCUCAGUUUCCUGACCCCCCGGUGCCGGGAGCCGGGGUUGGGCCAUGCACCUUUAGGCCCCCCGCGAUCACAGCCAGCCGGGGGUCGAGGGGGUGCCACCGAUCAGAGCCGGCCAGGCCGGGGGCGGGGCAGCUCCCGAGGCCAGAGGGGAAGGGAGGCGAGCGCUGGGCCUGGAGCGGCCGGAGGGGAGCGGGCAGAGGGCUCGCACCGCCCGCCCCUUCCUCUUCCUCGCCCACCUACCCUCCUCCCUUCCCCGCGGGGGAGCAGAAGGUGGGGGGCUCGAAGCCUCAGAGGGCGAGCGCUCUGGGUCGAGGAGCCCGGCGCUGGGUGUGUGUCAGGUUCAGCUCCGCGGCCCCGCCGGCUCCGCGUCGCCGUAGCUUGCGCGGCCCCGGGGCGCCGGCCCGGGCGGGGAAAGGGGCUCGGCGCUCCAGCGAGGGUCUCACGUUCCAUCCGGGCCCGGCGCGGGGCGGCGCGGCGCGGCAUUCCUUCCGGGCUGCUGGGGAGGCGCCUAGACGUUCCAUCUGGAGAGCCUCGACGUUCCGCCCGAGCCCGGCGCGGGCGGCCGGGGUGCUGGCCCGGCCCUAGGACUGAGAGGCCGCCCGGCGACGCGGAUGCGGAGCCUGCUCGCCCAAGAUCAAAGCCACCGGUGCUCUCUUUGUGUCCGCUCGGGAUUCGCCGCCCUGGGGCUGUCCAUGGAAACCUAAACUGCUGGAACCCGAGGCAGAGAACCCCUCUUUGGCUUCUUGCGUUUUUGGGGGGGAGGAGGGUGGCCACUCCGACCUGGAUUUACCGUUCUUGGCCCCCGUAAGCCCCCCCGUGCGGGGGGCGGCUGUGAUCGCUCUGGCGGUUGGAGGUCGGGGAGCGGCCCGGGCUCUGGCCAUGUUCUCGGAUGAGGAUUUCUGGAUCGCCCUGUGAAGAGGUCUCCCCGAGAGGGCCCUGCCCAGUCGGAGAGAGGGAUGGACAGCCAGAAGCCGCCUGGUGAGGAUAAAGAUUCAGAACCGGCAGCUGAUGGACCUGCAGCCUCGGAGGAGUCAGUCACCACUGAGCCAGACCUUCCCAACCCACAUGGCAGGGAGGUCUCUGUGGCCAGUUCUGGAGGUCCUAGGCUUCAGGAACCUCCCCAGGACUGCAGUGGGGGUCCAGUGCGGCGUUGUGCUCUCUGUAACUGCGGGGAGCCCAGCCUACAUGGGCAGCGGGAGCUACGGCGCUUUGAGUUGCCAUUUGACUGGCCCCAGUGUCCAGUGGUGUCCCCUGGGGGGAACCCAGGGCCCAAUGAGGCAGUGCUGGCCUGUGAGGACCUGUCACAGAUUGGUUUCCCUGAGGGCCUGACACCUGCCCACCUAGGAGAACCUGGAGGGUCCUGCUGGGCUCACCAUUGGUGUGCUGCAUGGUCGGCAGGCGUAUGGGGGCAGGAGGGCCCAGAACUAUGUGGUGUGGACAAGGCCAUCUUCUCAGGGAUCUCACAGCGCUGCUCCCACUGCACCAGGCGCGGUGCCUCCAUCCCUUGCCGCUCACCUGGAUGUCCACGGCUUUACCACUUCCCCUGUGCAACUGCCAGCGGUUCCUUCUUAUCCAUGAAAACACUGCAGCUGCUAUGCCCAGAGCACAGUGAGGGGGCUGCACAUCUGGAGGAGGCUCGUUGUGCAGUAUGUGAGGGGCCGGGGGAGUUGUGUGACCUGUUCUUCUGUACCAGCUGUGGGCAUCACUAUCACGGGGCCUGCCUGGACACUGCUCUGACUGCCCGCAAGCGUGCUGGCUGGCAGUGCCCUGAAUGCAAAGUGUGCCAAGCCUGCAGGAAACCUGGGAAUGAUUCUAAGAUGUUGGUCUGUGAGACAUGUGACAAAGGAUACCACACCUUCUGCCUAAAACCACCAAUGGACGAACUGCCUGCUCACUCUUGGAAGUGCAAGGCAUGCCGGGUAUGCCGGGCCUGUGGCGCAGGCUCAGCAGAGCUGAAUCCCAACUGUGAGUGGUUUGAGAAUUACUCGCUCUGUCACCGCUGUCACAAAGCCCAAGCAGGACAGCCUGUCAGUUCUGUUGCUGAGCAGCAUCCCCCUGUCUGUAGCAGGUUCUCACCCCCAGAGCCUGGUGAUACCCCCACUGAUGAGCCCGAAGCUCAGUUUGUUGCAUGCCAAGGGCAGCCAAAGGGUGGGCACGUGACCUCUAUGCAACCCAAGGAACCGGGGCCCCUGCAAUGUGAAGCCAAACCACUAGGGAGAACAGGGGCCCAACUUGAACCCCAGUUGGAGGCCCCCCUAAAUGAGGAGAUGCCACUGCUGCCCCCACCCGAGGAGUCGCCCCUGUCCCCACCACCCGAGGAAUCGCCCACAUCCCCGCCGCCUGAGGCAUCGCGCCUGUCCCCACCACCUGAGGAAUCACCCCUCUCUCCACUGCCUGAGGAGUCUCCUCUGUCUCCUCCACCUGAGUCCUCACCUUUUUCUCCACUGGAGGAGUCGCCAUUCUCUCCACCAGAGGAGUCUCCCCCAUCUCCACCACUCGAGACCCCCCUGUCUCCACCACCUGAAGCAUCACCCCUGUCCCCACCAUUUGAAGAGUCUCCCCUGUCCCCCCCACCUGAGGAGUUGCCCACUUCCCCACCUCCUGAGGCAUCUCGCCUGUCUCCACCACCUGAGGAGUCACCUAUGUCCCCUCCACCUGAAGAAUCACCCAUGUCUCCACCACCUGAAGCAUCUCGUCUGUUCCCACCAUUUGAAGAAUCGCCCCUAUCCCCUCCACCAGAGGAAUCUCCUCUCUCUCCACCACCUGAGGCAUCACGUCUGUCCCCACCACCUGAGGACUCACCCAUGUCCCCACCACCUGAAGACUCACCUAUGUCCCCACCGCCUGAGGUAUCAUGCCUAUCCCUGCCUGAGGUGUCACGCCUGUCCCCACCGCCCGAGGAAUCCCCCCUGUCUCCACCACCUGAGGAGUCUCCUACGUCUCCUCCACCUGAGGCUUCACGCCUGUUCCCACCGCCUGAGGACUCCCCCACUUCCCCACCACCCGAAGACUCACCUGCUUCUCCGCCCCCGGAGGAGUUGCUCAUGACCCUACCGCUAGAGGAGUCGUCCCUGUUGCCACUGCCUGAGGAGCCACGACUCUGCCCCCGACCUGAGGAGCCGUGCCUGUCUCCUCGGCCUGAGCAGCCGCGCCUGUCCCUUCAGCCUGUGCAGCCAUGCCUGUCCCCUCGGCCUGAGGAGCCGUGCCUGUCCCCUGCACUUGAGGAACCGCGCUUGUCCCCCGCGCCUGAGGAGCUUCAUCUAUCCCUUCCACCUGAGGAGCCACACUUGUCUCCCCGGCCUGAGAAGCCAUGCCUGUCCCCUGCCCCUGAGGAGCUGUGUCUGUCUCCCCGGCCUGAGGAACCCUGUCUGUCCCCCCGGCCUGAGGAGCUACGCCUGUCCCCCCGGCCUGAGGAGCCGCAACUGUCCCCUGGGCCUGAGGAGCCUCGCUUGUCCCCUGGGCCUGAGGAGCCACGCCUGUCCCCCCGGCCUGAGGAGCUGCCCCUUUCCCCACGGCCUGAGGAGUUGCGCUUGUCCCCCCAGCCUGAGGAACCACGCCUGUCCCCUCGACCUGAGGAGCCCCCUGAGGAGCCAGGCCUAUGCCCUGCACCUGAGGAAUUGCCCUUGUUCCUCCCGCCUGGGGAGCCACCUUUAUCCCCUUUGCUUGGAGAGCCGGCCCUGUCUGAGCCUGGGGAACCACCUCUGUCCCCUCUACCGGAGGAGUUACCAUUGUCCCCAUCUGGGGAGCCAUCUUUGUCACCUCAGCUGAUGCCACCAGAUCCUCUUCCUCCUCCACUCUCACCCAUUAUUACAGCUGUGGCCCCGCCGGCCCUGUCGCCUUUAGGGGAGCUAGAGUACCCCUUUGGUGCCAAAGGGGACAGUGAUCCUGAGUCACCAUUGGCUGCCCCCAUCCUAGAGACACCCAUCAGCCCUCCACCAGAAGCUAACUGCACUGACCCUGAGCCUGUACCCCCUAUGAUCCUUCCCCCAUCUCCAGGCUCCCCAAUGGGACCAGCUUCUCCCAUCCUGAUGGAACCCCUUCCCCCUCAGUGUUCUCCACUCCUGCAGCAUUCCCUGCCUCCCCAAGACUCCCCUCCUUCCCAGUGCUCUCCUCCUGCCCUGCCACGCUCCAUUCCCUCCCCACUGAGUCCCAUGGAGAAGGCAGUGGAGGUCUCAGAUGAGGCUGAGCCACAUGAGAUGGAGACUGAGAAAGUCCCAGAACCUGAGUGCCCAGCCUUAGAACCCAGCCCUACUAGUCCUCUCCCCUCCCCCAUGGGGAACCUUUCCUGCCCUGCACCCAGCCCUGCCCCAGCUCUGGAUGACUUCUCUGGUCUGGGGGAAGAUACAGCCCCUCUGGAGGGGACUGACACUCCUGGUUCACAGCCAGAGGCUGGACAGACACCUGGCAGUUUGGCUAGUGAACUUAAGGGUUCCCCUGUGCUCCUGGACCCCGAGGAGCUGGCCCCUGUGACCCCUAUGGAGGUCUAUGGCCCAGAAUGCAAGCAGGCAGGACAGGGUUCACCCUGUGAAGAGCAAGAGGAGCCUCGUGCACCAGUGGCUCCUACCCCACCCACUCUGAUCAAAUCCGACAUCGUUAAUGAGAUCUCCAAUCUGAGCCAGGGUGAUGCCAGUGCCAGUUUUCCUGGCUCCGAGCCCCUGCUAGGCUCUCCUGACCCCGAGGGGGGCGGCUCCUUAUCUAUGGAGCUGGGGGUAUCUACAGAUGUUAGUCCAGCCCGAGAUGAGGGCUCCCUGCGACUCUGUACUGACUCACUGCCAGAGACUGACGACUCGCUACUGUGUGAUGCUGGGACAGCUAUUGGUGGAGGCAAAGCAGAGGGUGACAAGGGGAGGCGGCGCAGCUCCCCAGCUCGUUCCCGCAUCAAACAGGGUCGCAGCAGUAGUUUCCCAGGAAGACGCCGGCCACGUGGAGGAGCACAUGGAGGACGCGGGAGAGGACGGGCCCGGCUAAAAUCAACUACUUCUUCCAUUGAGACUUUGGUAGUUGCUGAUAUCGAUAGCUCUCCCAGCAAAGAGGAAGAAGACGAUGAUGACGACACCAUGCAAAAUACUGUGGUUCUCUUCUCCAACACAGACAAGUUUGUCCUAAUGCAGGACAUGUGCGUGGUAUGUGGCAGCUUUGGGCGGGGAGCAGAGGGCCACCUCCUCGCCUGUUCCCAGUGUUCUCAGUGCUAUCACCCUUACUGUGUCAACAGCAAGAUCACCAAGGUGAUGCUGCUAAAGGGCUGGCGUUGCGUGGAAUGCAUCGUGUGUGAGGUGUGCGGCCAGGCCUCGGACCCCUCACGCCUACUGCUCUGUGAUGACUGUGACAUUAGCUACCACACAUACUGCCUGGACCCGCCACUGCUCACCGUGCCCAAGGGUGGCUGGAAGUGCAAGUGGUGUGUGUCCUGUAUGCAGUGUGGGGCCGCCACUCCUGGCUUCCACUGUGAAUGGCAGAAUAGUUACACACACUGUGGGCCCUGCGCUAGCCUGGUUACCUGCCCUAUCUGCCAUGCUCCGUACGUGGAAGAGGACCUCCUAAUCCAGUGCCGCCACUGUGAACGGUGGAUGCAUGCUGGCUGUGCGAGCCUCUUCACAGAGGAUGACGUGGAACAGGCGGCUGACGAGGGCUUUGACUGUGUCUCCUGCCAGCCUUAUGUGGUAAAGCCUGCUGCGCCUGUUGCGCCUCCAGAGUUGGUGCCUAUGAAGGUGAAAGAGCCAGAGCCUCAGUACUUUCGCUUCGAGGGUGUAUGGCUGACAGAAACUGGCAUGGCCGUGCUGCGUAACCUGACCAUGUCACCCCUGCACAAGCGGCGCCAGCGGCGAGGACGGCUUGGCCUCCCAGGGGAGGCAGGGCUAGAGGGUUCUGAGCCCUCAGAUACCCUUGGGCCUGAUGACAAGAAGGAUGGGGAUCUGGACGCUGACGAGCUGCUCAAGGGUGAAGGUGGCGUGGAACACAUGGAAUGCGAAAUGAAACUGGAGGGCCCUGUCAGCCCUGAUGCGGAGCCUGGCAGGGAGGAGACCGAGGAAAGCAAGAAACGGAAACGCAAACCCUAUCGGCCAGGCAUUGGUGGUUUCAUGGUGCGACAGCGGAAGUCCCACACACGUGUGAAAAAGGGGCCUGCUGCACAGGCGGAGGUGUUGAGUGGGGAUGGGCAGCCCGACGAGGGUGAGACGGUGAUGCCUGCGGACCUGCCUGUAGAGGGCCCUAUAGACCAGAGCUUAGCUGAUGGGGAUGAGAAGAAGAAGCAGCAGCGGCGAGGGCGCAAGAAGAGCAAACUAGAAGACAUGUUUCCUGCUUAUCUGCAGGAAGCCUUCUUUGGGAAGGAGUUGCUGGACCUGAGCCGGAAGGCCCUUUUUGCAGUUGGGGUGGGCCGACCAAGUUUUGGACUAGGAACCCCAAAAGCCAAGGGGGAUGGAGGCUCAGAUAGGAAGGAGCUCCCCACCUUGCAGAAAGGAGACGAUGCUCCAGAUGUUGCAGAUGAGGAAACCCAUGGCCCGGAGGGCAAGGCUGAUACACCAGGACCUGAGGAUGGAGGCAUAAAGGCAUCUCCAGUACCCAGUGACCCUGAGAAGCCAGGCACUCCGGGUGAAGGGAUGCUUAGCUCUGACUUAGAUAGGAUUCCCACCGAAGAACUUCCCAAGAUGGAAUCCAAAGACCUGCAGCAGCUCUUCAAGGAUGUUCUGGGUUCUGAACGAGAGCAGCACCUGGGUUGUGGAACCCCCGGCCCCGAAGGCAGCCGUACACCGCUGCAGAGGCCCUUUCUUCAAGGUGGACUUCCUUUGGGCAAUCUCCCCUCCAGCAGCCCAAUGGACUCCUACCCGGGCCUCUGCCAGUCCCCGUUCCUGGAUUCUAGGGAGCGCGGGGGCUUCUUUAGCCCGGAACCCGGUGAGCCAGACAGCCCCUGGACAGGCUCAGGGGGCACCACGCCCUCCACCCCCACCACCCCCACCACAGAGGGAGAAGGCGACGGGCUCUCCUAUAACCAGCGGAGCCUUCAGCGUUGGGAGAAGGAUGAGGAGUUGGGCCAGCUCUCCACCAUCUCACCUGUGCUCUAUGCCAACAUUAACUUUCCCAAUCUCAAGCAAGAUUACCCAGACUGGUCUAGCCGUUGCAAACAAAUCAUGAAGCUCUGGAGAAAAGUUCCAGCUACUGACAAAGCCCCCUAUCUGCAAAAGGCCAAAGAUAACCGGGCAGCUCACCGCAUCAACAAGGUGCAAAAGCAGGCUGAGAGCCAAAUCAACAAGCAGACCAAGGUGGGCGACAUGGCCCGUAAGACUGACCGACCGGCCCUACAUCUCCGCAUUCCCCCCCAGCCAGGGGCAUUGGGCAGUCCGCCCCCCGCUGCUGCCCCCACCAUUUUCAUUGGCAGCCCCACUACCCCCGCCGGCUUGUCUACCUCUGCGGAUGGGUUCCUGAAGCCGCCGGCGGGCACAGUGCCCGGCCCCGAUUCGCCCGGUGAGCUCUUCCUCAAGCUCCCACCCCAGGUGCCCGCCCAAGUGCCUUCGCAGGACCCCUUUGGACUGGCCCCCGCCUACGCUCUGGAGCCCCGCUUCCCCACGGCACCACCUACCUAUCCUCCCUAUCCUAGUCCAACAGGGACCCCUGCACAGCCCCUGACGCUGGGCACCUCAUCUCGUCCUGGGACUGGCCAGCCAGGGGAAUUCCAUACUACCCCACCCGGCACCCCACGACACCAGCCCUCCACACCUGACCCCUUUCUCAAACCCCGCUGCCCUUCACUGGACAACCUGGCUGUGCCUGAGAGCCCAGGGAUAGGGGGAGGCAAGGCUGCUGAGCCUCUGUUGUCACCACCGCCUUUUGGGGAGUCUCGGAAGGCCCUAGAGGUGAAGAAGGAAGAGCUUGGGGCAUCCUCUCCUAGCUAUGGACCCCCAAACCUAGGCUUUGUUGACUCACCUUCCUCAGGCCCCCACCUGGGCAACCUGGAGUUAAAGGCACCUGAUGUCUUUAAAGCCCCGCUGACCCCUCGGGCAUCUCAGGUAGAGCCCCAGAGCCCAGGCUUGGGCCUAAGGCCACAGGAGCCACCCCCUGCCCAGGCUUUGGCCCCUUCUUCUCCCAGCCACUCAGACAUCUUUCGCCCUGGCCCCUAUCCUGACCCUUAUGCCCAGCCCCCAUUGACCCCUCGGCCCCAACCUCCACCCCCUGAAAGCUGCUGUGCCCUGCCCCCUCGCUCAUUGCCCUCAGAUCCUUUCUCCCGAAUACCUGCCAGUCCCCAGUCCCAAUCCAGCUCCCAGUCCCCGUUAACACCCCGUCCUUUGUCUGCUGAGGCAUUCUGCCCAUCCCCUGUUACCCCUCGCUUCCAGUCCCCUGACCCUUACUCCCGUCCACCCUCACGCCCUCAGUCCCGUGACCCAUUUGCCCCCUUGCAUAAGCCACCCCGACCCCAGCCCCCUGAAGUUGCCUUCAAGGCUGGGCCUCUAGCCCACACUCCACUGGGGGCUGGGGGCUUCCCAGCAGCCCUGCCCUCAGGGCCGGCAGGUGAGCUCCAUGCUAAGGUCCCAAGUGGGCAGCCCCCAAAUUUCGCCCGGUCCCCUGGGACAGGUGCAUUUUUGGGCACCCCUUCUCCUAUGCGUUUCACUUUCCCUCAGGCGGUAGGGGAGCCUUCCCUGAAGCCCCCUGUCCCUCAGCCUGGUCUCCCUCCACCCCAUGGGAUCAACAGCCAUUUUGGGCCUGGCCCUACCUUGGGCAAGCCUCAAAGCACAAACUACGCAGUAGCCACAGGGAACUUCCACCCAUCAGGCAGUCCCCUGGGAUCCAGCAGUGGGUCCACAGGAGAGGGCUUUGGGCUGUCCCCGCUACGCCCCCCAUCAGUCCUACCACCACCUGCACCGGAUGGAUCCCUCCCCUACCUGUCACAUGGAGCCUCACAGCGGGUAGGCAUCACCUCUCCAGUCGAUAAGCGAGAAGACCCAGGGGCUGGAAUGGGCAGCUCUUUGGCGGCACCUGAACUUCCAGGUACCCAGGACCCAGGCAUGUCCAGCCUCAGCCAGACAGAACUGGAGAAGCAGCGGCAGCGCCAGCGACUAAGGGAGCUGCUGAUCCGGCAGCAGAUCCAGCGCAACACCCUGCGGCAGGAGAAAGAAACAGCUGCGGCAGCUGCAGGAGCAGUGGGCCCCCCGGGCAGCUGGGGUGCUGAACCCAGCAGCCCUGCCUUUGAGCAGCUGAGUCGAGGCCAGACUCCCUUUGCUGGGACCCAGGACAAAAGUAACCUUGUGGGGCUGCCCCCAAGCAAGUUGGGUGGCCCCAUAAUAGGGCCAGGGGCUUUCCCCAGCGAUGACCGACUCUCCCGGCCACCUCCUCCAGCCACCCCUUCUAUGGAUGUGAAUAGCCGGCAAUUAGUGGGAGGCUCCCAAGCCUUCUACCAGCGAGCACCGUAUCCUGGAUCCCUGCCCUUACAGCAGCAGCAGCAGCAGCAGCAGCAGCAGCAACUGUGGCAGCAGCAGCAGCAGCAACAACAGGCAACAGCAGCAACCUCCAUGCGACUUGCCAUGUCUACUCGCUUUCCAUCAACUCCUGGGCCUGAACUUGGCCGCCAAGCCCUAGCUUCCCCCUUGGCAGGAAUUCCCACCCGCCUACCUGGCCCCGGAGAGCCAAUGCCUGGUCCAGCUGGUCCUGCCCAGUUCAUUGAGUUGCGGCAUAACGUACAGAAAGGACUAGGACCUGGGGGGGCUCCAUUUCCUGGUCAGGGCCCCCCUCAAAGACCCCGUUUUUACCCAGUAAGUGAGGACUCCCACCGAAUGGCUCCUGAAGGGCUUCGAAGCCUGGCAGUAUCCGGCCUUCCCCCACAGAAACCUGUAGCUCCUCCAGCCCCUGAAUUAAACAGUAGUCUCCAUCCAGUACCCCACACCAAAGGUCCCUCCCUGCCCACGGGCUUGGAGCUGGUCAGCCGGCCCACCUCAAGCACUGAACUCGGCCGCCCUCCUCCUCUGGCCCUGGAAACUGGGAAGUUACCCUGUGAGGAUCCUGAGCUGGAUGAUGAUUUUGAUGCCCACAAGGCCCUAGAGGAUGAUGAGGAGCUUGCUCACCUAGGCCUGGGUGUGGAUGUGGCCAAGGGAGAUGAUGAGCUGGGCACUUUGGAAAACCUGGAAACCAAUGACCCCCAUCUGGAUGACCUGCUCAAUGGGGAUGAAUUUGAUCUGCUGGCCUAUACUGACCCUGAGCUGGAUACUGGGGACAAGAAGGACAUCUUCAAUGAGCACCUGAGGCUGGUAGAGUCUGCCAAUGAAAAGGCUGAGCGGGAGGCCCUGCUGCGGGGUGUGGAGCCAGGACCUGUGGGCCCUGAUGAGCGCCCUCUGCCUGCUGCUGAUGCCUCUGAGGCCCGUCUGGCGUCUGUGCUUCCUGAGGUGAAGCCCAAGGUGGAGGAAGGUGGGCGCCACCCUUCCCCUUGCCAGUUCGCCAUUACCACCCCUAAGGUAGAGCCAGCAUCUGCCACCACUUCCCUAGGCCUGGGACUGAAGCCAGGACAGAGUGUGAUGGGUGGCCGGGACACCCGGAUGGGCACAGGACCCUUUUCUAGCAGUGGGCACACAACUGAGAAGGGCCCCUUUGGGGCCACAGGAGGACCACCAGCUCACCUGCUAACCCCCAGCCCACUGAGUGGCCCAGGAGGGUCUUCCCUGCUGGAAAAGUUUGAGCUAGAGAGUGGGGCCCUAACUUUGCCUGGUGGACAUGCAGCAUCAGGGGAUGAGCUGGACAAGAUGGAGAGCUCGUUGGUAGCCAGUGAGUUACCCUUGCUCAUCGAAGACCUGUUGGAGCAUGAGAAGAAGGAGCUGCAGAAGAAGCAGCAGCUUUCAGCACAGUUGCAGCCUGCCCAGCAGCAGCAGCAGCAGCAGCAGCAGCAGCAGCAACAGCAGCAGCAUUCCCUGCUGGCCACACCAGGCCCUGCCCAGCCCAUGUCUUUGACACAUGAAGGCUCUUCUCCCAGUUUGGCUGGGCCCCAACAGCAGCUUGCCUUAGGACUUGGAGGUUCCCGACAGCCAGGCUUGGCCCAACCGCUGAUGCCCACCCAGCCACCAGUACAUGCCCUCCAGCAGCGCCUGGCCCCAUCCAUGGCCAUGGUGUCUAGUCAAGGACAUAUGCUAAGUGGCCAGCACGGGGGGCAGGCAGGCUUGGUGCCCCAGCAGAGCCCACAACCAGUGCUGGCACAGAAGCCCAUGGGUACCAUGCCACCUUCCAUGUGCAUGAAACCUCAGCAGCUGGCCAUGCAGCAGCAGCUGGCUAACAGCUUCUUCCCUGAUACAGAUCUGGACAAAUUUGCAGCAGAAGAUAUCAUUGAUCCCAUUGCAAAGGCCAAGAUGGUGGCUUUGAAAGGCAUCAAGAAAGUGAUGGCUCAAGGCAGCAUUGGAGUAGCACCUGGUAUGAACAGGCAGCAAGUAUCCCUGCUAGCCCAGAGGCUCUCGGCGGGGCCUGGCAGUGAUCUGCAGAACCACGUGGCAGCUGGGAGUGGCCAGGAGCGGAGUGCUGGUGACCCCUCCCAGCCUCGUCCCAAUCCACCCACCUUUGCCCAAGGAGUGAUCAAUGAGGCUGACCAGCGACAGUAUGAGGAAUGGCUGUUUCAUACCCAGCAGCUCCUACAGAUGCAGCUGAAGGUGCUAGAGGAGCAGAUCGGUGUGCACCGCAAGUCCCGGAAGGCUCUGUGUGCUAAACAGCGCACUGCCAAGAAGGCUGGCCGUGAGUUCCCAGAAGCUGAUGCUGAGAAGCUCAAGCUGGUUACAGAGCAGCAGAGCAAGAUCCAGAAACAACUGGAUCAGGUCCGGAAGCAGCAGAAGGAGCACACCAAUCUCAUGGCAGAAUAUCGGAAUAAGCAGCAGCAACAGCAGCAACAGCAACAACAGCAACACUCAGCUGUACUGGCCCUCAGCCCUUCCCAGAGUCCCCGGCUACUCACCAAGCUCCCUGGCCAGCUGCUCCCUGGUCAUGGGCUGCAGCCACCACAGGGGCCUCCGGGUGGACAAGCUGCAGGUCUUCGCCUGCCCCCAGGAGGCAUGGCUCUCCCUGGACAGCCUGGUGGGCCUUUCCUCAACACCUCUCUGGCCCAGCAGCAGCAACAGCAACAUUCUGGUGGGGCUGGGGCCUUGGCUGGCCCCUCAGGAGGCUUUUUUCCUGGCAACCUUGCUCUUCGAGGCCUAGGACCUGAUUCGAGACUUUUACAGGAGAGGCAGCUCCAGCUCCAGCAGCAACGCAUGCAGCUAGCCCAGAAACUGCAGCAGCAGCAGCAGCAGCAGCAGCAGCACCUCCUAGGACAGGUGGCAAUCCAGCAGCAACAGCAGCAGAGCCUGGGGGUACAGGCGAACCAGGCUCUGGGUCCUAAGCCCCAGGGGCUUCUGCCUCCUGGCAGCCAUCAAGGCCUCUUAGUCCAACAGCUGUCCCCGCAACCACCCCAGGGGCCCCAGGGCAUGUUGGGCCCUGCCCAGGUAGCAGUGUUGCAGCAGCAGCAGCAGCAACAGCACCCUGGAGCUUUGGGCCCCCAGGGUCCUCAUAGACAGGUACUUCUGACCCAGUCCCGGAUGCUGAGUUCCCCCCAGCUGGCACAGCAGGGUCAGGGCCUUGUGGGACACCGGCUGGUCACAGCCCAGCAGCAGCAGCAGCAGCAGCACCAACAGCAGGGAUCCAUGGCAGGCCUUUCCCAUCUUCAGCAGGGCCUGAUGCCACACAGUGGGCAGCCCAAACUGAGUGCUCAGCCCAUGGCUUCCUUGCAGCAGCAGCAGCUACAGCAGCAACAACAGCAGCUACAGCAGCAACAACAGCAGCAGCAGCAGCUACAGCAGCAACAGCAGCAGCAGCAGCAGCAGCAGCAGCUACAGCAGCAACAGCAGCAACAGCAGCUACAGCAGCAGCAGCAGCAGCUACAGCAGCAACAACUACAACAACAGCAACUACAGCAGCAGCAGCUACAGCAGCAACAAAUGGGCCUCUUGAACCAGAGUCGAACUUUAUUGUCUCCACAGCAGCAGCAGCAGCAGCAGCAACAACAACAACAACAGCAGGUGACCCUUGGCCCUGGCAUGCCAGCCAAGCCUGUGCAACACUUCUCUAACCCCGGAGCCCUGGGCCCAACUGUCCUCUUGACGGGCAAGGAACAAAGCAUUGUGGAGACGGCUCUUCCUCCAGAGGCUGCUGAGGGACCCUCCACACAUCAGGGAGGACCGUUAGCAAUAGGGACUAUACCUGAGUCAGUGGCGACUGAACCUGGGGAGGUAAAGCCUUCACUCUCAGGGGACUCACAGCUUCUGCUUGUCCAACCCCCGGCCCAGCCUCAGCCCAACCCAGUGCAGCUGCAGCCACCUCUGAGGGUCCCAGGGCAACAGCAGCAGCAAGUUAACUUGCUCCACCCAGGAGCUGUGGGAAGCCAUGGGCAAGUAGGCAGCGGAUCAUCUUCUGAGGCCUCAUCUAUGCCCCACCUGCUGGCCCAAUCCUCUGUUCCUUUAGGGGAGCAGCCUGGGACCAUGACCCAGAACCUGCUGGGUUCCCAGCAGCCACUUGGACUAGAGCGGCCAGUGCAAAAUAAUGCAGGGUCACAGCCUGCCAAAUCAGGACCUGUCCCCCAGGCUGGGCAGGGCCUGCCCGGGGCUGGCGUCAUGCCUACAGUGGGUCAGCUUCGAGCACAACUCCAAGGAGUCCUGGCAAAAAACCCUCAGCUGCGGCACUUGAGUCCACAGCAGCAGCAGCAGCUACAGGCACUCCUCAUGCAGCGGCAGUUGCAGCAGAGUCAGUCAGUGCGCCACGCCCCGCCCUACCAGGAGCCUGGGGCCCAGCCCUCUCCCCUCCAGGGCCUCCUAGGCCGCCAGCCUCAGCUUGGGGGCUUCCCUGGAUCCCACACCGGCCCCCUUCAGGAGCUAGGGGCAGGGCUUCGACCUCAGGGCCCUCCCCGGCUCCCCACCCCACAAGGAGCCUUAGCCACAGGACCAGUCAUCGGCCCUGUCCAUCCUACACCUCCACCAUCCAGCCCCCAAGAGCCAAAGAGACCUUCCUCACAGCCCCCAGGAGCCAGCCCCUUGGUCCCGCCCCAGCUACCCUCUGAGGCCCAGCUCACCCCGACCCAGCCAGGGACUCCAAAACCCCAGGGGCCAUCCUUGGAGCUGCCUCCUGGAAGGGUCUCACCUGCUGCUGCCCAGCUUGCGGAAACCUUCUUUGGCAAGGGGCUGGGACCUUGGGACCCCCCAGACAACCUAGUAGAAGCCCAGAAGCCAGAGCAGAGCAUUCAUCUGGAGCAGGUGAAUGGGCAGGCAGUGCCUGAGCCACCCCAUCUCAGCAUCAAGCAGGAACCUCGGGAAGAGCCAUGUGCCCUGGGAGCCCAGGCGGUGAAGAGGGAGGCCAACGGGGAGCCAAUAGGGGCACCAGGUACCAGCAACCACCUCCUGCUGGCGGGCCCCCGCUCAGAGGCCGGGCAUCUGCUCUUGCAGAAGCUUCUACGGGCAAAGAAUGUGCAACUCAGCACUGGGCGGGGGCCCGAGGGGCUGCGAGCUGAGAUCAACGGGCACAUUGACAGCAAGCUGGCUGGGCUGGAGCAGAAACUACAGGGUACCCCCAGCAACAAGGAGGAUACAGCAGCAAGGAAGCCUUUGACACCAAAGCCCAAGCGGGUACAGAAGGCAAGCGACAGGUUGGUGACCUCCCGAAAGAAGCUGCGGAAGGAGGACGGGGUCAGGGCCAACGAGGCCUUGCUGAAACAGCUAAAACAGGAGCUGUCCCUGCUGCCCCUAACGGAGCCCACCAUCACCGCCAAUUUUAGCCUCUUUGCUCCCUUCGGCAGUGGCUGCCCCGUCAAUGGGCAGUGCCAGCUGAGGGGGGCCUUUGGAAAUGGGGCACUGUCAACAGGCCCUGACUACUAUUCCCAGCUGCUUACCAAGAAUAACCUGAGUAACCCGCCGACACCACCCUCGUCGCUGCCCCCCACCCCACCCCCAUCGGUGCAGCAGAAGAUGGUGAAUGGUGUCACUCCGUCUGAAGAGCUGGGGGAGCACCCCAAGGAUGCUGCCUCUGCCCGGGUGACUGAAGGGACUCUGAGGGAUGCUUCAGAGGUGAAGAGUCUAGACCUGCUGGCUGCCUUGCCUACACCUCCUCACAAUCAGACUGAGGAUGUCAGGAUGGAGAGUGAUGAGGACAGUGAUUCUCCUGACAGCAUUGUGCCGGCUUCAUCCCCCGAGAGCAUCCUGGGGGAGGAGGCCCCUCGUUUCCCUCAGCUCGGCUCAGGCCGGUGGGAGCAGGAUGACCGGGCUCUCUCCCCUGUCAUCCCCAUCAUUCCUCGGGCCAGUAUCCCAGUCUUCCCAGAUACCAAACCUUAUGGGGCCCUGGACCUGGAAGCCCCUGGAAAGCUGCCUGCCACCACUUGGGAAAAGGGCAAAGGAAGUGAGGUGUCAGUCAUGCUGACAGUCUCUGCUGCUGCAGCCAAGAACCUGAAUGGUGUGAUGGUGGCAGUGGCAGAGCUGCUGAGCAUGAAGAUCCCCAACUCUUAUGAGGUGCUGUUCCCAGAGAGCCCUGCCCGGGCAGGCAUUGAGCCUAAGAAGGGGGAAGCCGAGGGCCCUGGAGGGAAAGAAAAGGGUCUGGGAGGCAAGAGCCCAGAAGCUGGCCCAGAUUGGCUGAAGCAGUUUGAUGCAGUGUUGCCUGGCUAUACCCUCAAGAGCCAGCUAGACAUCUUGAGCCUCCUGAAACAGGAGAGCCCUGCCCCAGAGCCGCCCACCCAACACAGCUACACGUACAAUGUCUCCAACCUGGACGUGCGACAGCUCUCAGCUCCGCCUCCUGAAGAACCCUCCCCGCCCCCAUCCCCCUUGGCACCCUCUCCUGCCAGCCCCCCUGCUGAGCCCCUGGCUGAACUCCUGGCUGAACCCUCAGCUGAGCCACCUGUCCCCUCGCCUCUGCCACUGGCCUCAUCCCCUGAAUCAGCCCGACCCAAGCCCCGAGCCCGGCCCCCUGAAGAAGGUGAAGAUUCCCGGCCCCCUCGCCUCAAGAAGUGGAAGGGGGUGCGUUGGAAGCGGCUGCGGCUGCUGCUGACCAUUCAGAAGGGUGGUGGGCGGCAGGAGGAUGAGCGGGAAGUGGCAGAGUUUAUGGAACAGCUCGGCACAGCCUUGCGACCUGACAAGGUGCCUCGCGACAUGCGGCGCUGCUGCUUCUGUCACGAGGAGGGUGAUGGGGCCACUGAUGGGCCUGCCCGCCUGCUGAACCUGGACCUGGACCUCUGGGUGCACCUAAACUGUGCCCUGUGGUCCACGGAGGUGUAUGAGACCCAGGGCGGGGCACUGAUGAACGUGGAGGUUGCUCUGCACCGAGGACUGCUCACCAAGUGCUCCCUGUGCCAGCGCACCGGUGCCACCAGCAGCUGCAAUCGAAUGCGUUGUCCCAACGUCUACCAUUUUGCCUGUGCCAUCCGCGCCAAGUGCAUGUUCUUCAAGGACAAGACCAUGCUGUGUCCAAUGCAUAAGAUCAAGGGACCCUGUGAGCAGGAGCUGAGCUCUUUUGCUGUCUUCCGGCGGGUCUACAUUGAGCGGGAUGAGGUGAAGCAAAUCGCCAGCAUCAUCCAGCGAGGAGAGCGGCUGCACAUGUUCCGUGUAGGGGGCCUUGUGUUCCAUGCUAUUGGACAGCUGCUCCCUCACCAAAUGGCUGACUUCCACAGUGCCACUGCCCUUUAUCCUGUGGGCUAUGAGGCCACGCGCAUCUACUGGAGCCUCCGCACCAACAACCGCCGCUGCUGCUACCGCUGCUCCAUCGGCGAGAAUAACGGAAGGCCAGAGUUCAUAAUCAAAGUCAUCGAGCAGGGCCUGGAGGACCUGGUCUUCACCGACGCCUCCCCCCAGGCUGUGUGGAAUCGCAUCAUUGAGCCUGUGGCUGCCAUGAGAAAAGAGGCCGACAUGCUGCGGCUCUUCCCUGAGUACCUGAAAGGCGAGGAGCUCUUUGGGCUGACGGUGCACGCCGUGCUGCGCAUAGCUGAAUCACUGCCUGGAGUGGAGAGCUGUCAAAACUAUUUAUUCCGCUAUGGACGCCACCCCCUGAUGGAGCUGCCUCUCAUGAUCAAUCCCACUGGUUGUGCCCGAUCGGAGCCUAAAAUCCUCACACACUACAAACGGCCUCACACCCUGAACAGCACCAGCAUGUCCAAGGCGUAUCAGAGCACCUUCACAGGCGAGACCAACACCCCAUACAGCAAGCAGUUUGUGCACUCCAAGUCAUCACAGUACCGGCGCCUGCGCACUGAGUGGAAGAACAAUGUGUAUCUGGCUCGCUCCCGUAUCCAGGGCCUGGGGCUCUAUGCCGCCAAGGACCUAGAAAAGCACACAAUGGUCAUUGAGUAUAUUGGCACCAUCAUUCGCAACGAGGUGGCCAACCGGCGGGAGAAAAUCUAUGAGGAGCAGAAUCGAGGCAUCUACAUGUUCCGAAUAAACAACGAACAUGUGAUUGAUGCUACGUUGACUGGAGGUCCUGCCAGGUACAUUAACCAUUCCUGUGCCCCUAACUGUGUGGCGGAAGUUGUGACGUUUGACAAGGAGGAUAAAAUCAUCAUCAUCUCCAGCCGGCGAAUCCCCAAAGGAGAGGAGCUGACCUAUGACUAUCAGUUUGACUUUGAGGACGAUCAGCACAAGAUCCCCUGCCACUGUGGAGCCUGGAAUUGUCGAAAAUGGAUGAACUAAGAAGCUUAGAGGCUACCAGGCAGGGGAGUCCCCCCACCCCCAACCUCUUCCCUGAAAGGGAUGAGGGGGAAGAGAGGUAGCAGCCAGAGCCAGGACCCAGGGCUGGGGCUGCCGGCUGACCGGAGCCCCUGGAGCAGGAGGCUGGGGCAGAGGGCCCUAGGCCAAGCCCACCCUGGGCACCAGGGGCAACCCUCUUCCCCACCACCGGCCCCCAGGCUGGCAUCUCUGCCCCCAGCUCCAGGAGGGGCCAGACAGAAGCAGCCAUUGGGCAUCUCAGGUUUGAGGGGGAUAUGGGCCGGGAACUACCCAGAAGCAACUGGGAGGCAGCAGGGAGCGGGGAGGAGGAUGUGUGGCCGGGCCUCACAGCCCUGCUGCUCCCACCGACCUCUCCGGCCCAACUCAAGGCUGCAAAGAGACUUGACUAAGCUUGACAAUCCCAAAGGCCGGGUCCCACACCUGGCCCUGCCUGCCGGGUCCUGCCCCCACCCUCACUCCCAUCCCCUUCCUUCUCAAUCUGUCUCUGUCUCCCUCUUCUCCUCUGUGUUUCUGUCUCUCUAUGGGUUGUGUUUCCUUGUUUUCCACUCUGACAAAUGCAACAUGAACGGGAAAGAGGCGCCCAGCUGCCCAGGAGGGCAAGCCAGGCAAGCCGGGCAAGGAGACCCCGCACCCACACCUACCUCAUUUAAGUGUUGGAUUUUUUGCUGUUUUGAAAUGUGAGACCCUCUCCAAGCCCCCUACUGCCCCGACCCUCUCUUCCACCUCACUGCCCUCUUCUGAGUGGGUAGAAGGGGGGUAGGAAGAGGAAGAAAAACAACAACAAAAAAUCCAUCUUUGUUUUUAAUUAUGGGCAUGGGAUGGUGGUUGAGGCUAAUGAUGAUGAAGAUUGGGGAUAACUGGCCCCGAGUUGCUCUAGGACUUCCUUCUCCAUCUGGACAUGGGGGCAGGAGGGUGCUAAACCUAGGACCAGGGUAUCUCCCUCCUGUUUUCCCAACCCCAUCAUGAGCCCAUUUGCCCUCCAGCCCCUGGAUGGGGUGGGUGGGUGGUAGGGUGAGGGCUAUCCCUGAGUGGCAUGCCCAUACCCAGUGAGGCAGGGUGUGGCCCGGAGCUCCCACUUUCCCUCAGUCACCAAACUGCUGCUGGUCUGGUGGGAAGGGGUGGUGAUGUGGGGGUGGGGAGCUUAGUGUCAGCACGGGGAGGGUGGGGGGUAUUUAUCUAUUUAUACAUGGGAUUGUACAUAGUCUUGUGGGGAAUGGGGGAGCCGGCUGGAGGUGAGAACCCUCCCCUCUCCCCCCACCCCCGGGGAGAGCAAAUGUAAAACUACUAAUUUUUGUGCUUUAUAUAUUCUAUAUAAAUAUAUCUAUUUUCUUUUUACAAAACCAGUUUAUAAAUGGUAGGGGGGUGUGGGGCGGACACAUGGAGCUCCCCUUGUGGGGGGGCCCUCUCCAUAACCCAACCUACCGCCCUUUUCCUCACCCCCUCCUUCCCACCCCCUGGCUGUGACUGCUGUAAGGUGGGGGUAUAGAGGCUGGGCAAUUCUCACCCCCUUUGUAUAGUUGGACUAUGUUAUAACGCACAAAAGAAAGCUGGCCCCAGGGGGAGCCAGAGGGUGAUAGGUUCCCUGCCUCCCUUUCCUUCCCCUUUCUGCCCAAGCUUGUGCUGCAGUUGAACCUCUUCCUGGCGGGUAGGGGUAGGUCAAGGGUGGGUGAGGCCCCAGACCCGUCUUUAGUAGGGAGCGUGGGGAUGAAGAUGAAGCUUAUAUGCAGUUCUCUCCUAGGGGCUGUGGGCAAAGGACAUUUUGUAAUUUUUUCAAGAAUCAAAUGUCUGGAGUGUUGGGGUAGGCUUGGUGGCGGUGGAUGGGCAGGCCUGCUGGAGGGGUAGCACGGUCGCUGUUGUGAUUUUAGGUUUGUUUUGUUUUGUUUUUGAAUUUGGGGGGUUGCGGAUUGAUGGGGGUAGGGAGAUUUUUUUUUAAGCUGCUUCCUCAACUGUUUCAAGCUGCAAAUGUUUAAGAGAGUAACAUCCCCCCACCCCCACAGAAACCACUGUAAUUAAAUCAGACAGUGGGGAGACUGGGCUGCUGCCCCCAAAGCCAUUGGAUAUUCCUUUUCCAAGAGCAAAAGGUCUAGGCUACCGGGAGGGGGAGAUUGACUCCUGUGAGUCAGGCUCUAUUUGGGGCUUGGGCCCUAGGACUGGGAAAAGGGGAUGGGGCAGACUUUGUAAGCAUAUGCUAGGUAUCCGAUAGUCCUGUAGAAUUUAGUGAAGAAACCUUAUACAGUUUUUAAUUUUUAUAUAAACUAACUCAGACCCAAGCUACAAGGUUGGAAUUUUGGUUGUUGGUUUGUUUUUUUGUUUUUUUUUUUUAAGUAUCCCGCCUGUAUAAUUGCAUCUGAAUUACCUCCCCCCGCCCCCCGUGUUUGUAUUUUGGGUUGGUUUACACUUGCACAUAUUCAAUUUUCAGUUUUUCCCUUUUACAGUCUUCUCCCCUCACCUCCAGGACCCUCCCCCUUUUUAAAAAAUAAAUCGCUGACAAGUGUGAAUCCCGUGAAGACUUUAUUUUGUGUUGUGUGUAUCCUGUACAGCAAGGUUGGUCCUUCGUAACAACGGAUGAAAUGAUUCCCUUUUUUAAAGCGCCCUCUCUCCCUCCACCCCCAGCGCCCUGUCCUUGGCAUGUUUUGUAUCAGCGAUCAUUCUGAACUGUACAUAAUUUAUGUUGCAAGAGGCAAAGGGCAAGUUUUGGAUUUUGCUUCUUCCAAGUUUGUUUUUAAACGACAAAUAAAAAAAGAACAUUUUAAAUA